ACUAAUUAGAGAUCGCAGAGGUGUUAAUUGGAAAACCCUGGUAUUGUGCCUGUUUGGGGAAGAAAACGUCAAUAAAAAUUAAUUGAUGAGUUGGCAGGGCGGGCGGCUCCGGUUCCAGGCGAGGCGCAGGGUGCAGUGGCCAAUGUUACUGCUCAGAUUAAGCGACGGUUAAUUAAAAAGCCUCGGAGCCUGCGGGCCUGGCCUGGCCUCCCUGGUGCCCUGUGUCCCCCAGGGGGAACCUGCCCACGUGUAGACCUGGCUCCAGACAGGAGUCCUCCCCGACCAGCUCUGCCUCCACUGGGAGCUGGGCGGGGCGAGGGGGAGGACCGAUCUUAGACCUAGAAAGAUCUCUGACCCUUUCCUGUGAGGAGGUGGAAGAAGCCCAGCGUCCUGAGCAAGGGCAGUGACUCACUCAAGGCCACACAGCCGAGCCUGGAACCAAUGCUCAGUGCUCCUGCCUUUCCUUCUGUGGGUGAGGACGGGUGGAGAAAGCAGAGAGGGGCCUCCUGGGGCGUGCACACUGGGUGGAGUGACUCAUGGACCCUCCGUGGCUCCCAGCGGCUUCCGUCUACGUCCUGGGCCUCGAGGUUGUGCCCCGGAGCCCCAGGUCCAUCCCUGGCUGGCGCCCACAGUGCAGGGGACACCCCGGUCCCAUUGCAAGCCCUGUGGCAAGGCGACAAGAGGUCCUGCUGGAGCGACAUGAUGGUGGAAUCUGCCUCAGAGACAAUCAGAUCUGCUCCGUCUGGGCAGAACGGCGUGGGCAGCCUCUCUGGGCAGGCGGAUGGCGGUGGUGGGACUGGGGCUACUGGCACCACCUCAAGCAGCCUGGGCAGGGACAGUGCUGGCAGUAGGGAGGCAGUGGCUGGAGCGGACAGCAACGGUGAGAUGAGCCCUGCAGAGCUUCUACACUUCCAGCAGCAACAGGCUCUCCAGGUGGCCCGCCAGUUCCUGCUGCAGCAGGCCUCAGGCCUGAGCUCCCCGGGGAACAAUGACAGCAAGCAGGCCGCCUCUGCAGUGCAGGUGCCCGUGUCCGUGGCCAUGAUGUCGCCGCAGAUGCUCACCCCGCAGCAGAUGCAGCAGAUCCUGUCACCGCCCCAGCUCCAGGCACUGCUCCAGCAGCAGCAGGCUCUCAUGCUGCAGCAGCUUCAGGAAUAUUACAAGAAACAACAAGAGCAGCUUCACCUGCAGCUCCUCACCCAGCAGCAGGCUGGGAAACAGCAGCCCAAAGAGGCUCUGGGGAACAAGCAGCUGGCCUUCCAGCAGCAGCUCCUGCAGAUGCAACAAUUGCAACAGCAGCACCUGCUCAGCCUGCAGCGGCAGGGCCUGGUCAGCCUGCAGCCCAGCCAGGCCUCGGGGCCCCUGCAGACCCUCCCACAAGCGGCUGUGUGCCCCACGGACCUGCCCCAGCUAUGGAAGGGCGAGGGUGCCCCCGGGCAGCCCGCCGAGGACAGUGUCAAGCAGGAGGGGCUGGACCUCACCGGCACGGCCGCCACUGCUACCUCGUUCGCUGCCCCCCCGAAGGUCUCGCCCCCGCUCUCCCACCACCCCCUGCCCAACGGACAGCCCGCUGUGCACACAUCUCGCAGAGACAGCUCCUCCCAUGAGGAGACCCCCGGCUCCCACCCCCUGUACGGACACGGAGAGUGCAAGUGGCCGGGCUGCGAAGCCCUGUGCGAAGACUUGGGCCAGUUCAUCAAGCACCUCAACACGGAGCAUGCCCUGGACGACCGCAGCACGGCGCAGUGCCGGGUGCAGAUGCAGGUGGUCCAGCAGCUGGAGAUCCAGCUGGCCAAGGAGAGCGAGCGGCUGCAGGCCAUGAUGGCCCACCUGCACAUGCGGCCCUCGGAGCCCAAGCCCUUCAGCCAGCCUGUGACCGUCUCUGCAGACCCUUUUCCCGAUGGCCUUGUGCACCCCCCGACCUCCGCUGCCGCUCCUGUCACCCCCCUGCGGCCCCCCGGCCUGGGCUCCGCUGCACUGCAUGGGGGGGGCCCCACCCGACGGAGAAGCAGUGACAAGUUCUGCUCCCCCAUCUCCUCAGAACUGGCCCAAAACCAUGAGUUCUACAAGAACGCGGACGUCCGGCCCCCUUUCACCUAUGCCUCCCUCAUCCGCCAGGCCAUCCUGGAAACCCCUGACCGGCAGCUGACCCUGAAUGAGAUCUACAACUGGUUCACCAGGAUGUUCGCCUACUUCCGCAGGAACACUGCCACCUGGAAGAAUGCUGUGCGCCACAAUCUCAGCCUGCACAAGUGCUUCGUGCGCGUGGAGAACGUGAAGGGAGCGGUGUGGACAGUGGACGAGAGGGAGUAUCAGAAGCGCAGGCCGCCAAAGAUGACGGGGAGCCCCACCCUGGUGAAGAACAUGAUCUCGGGCCUCAGCUACGGAGCACUUAAUGCCAGCUACCAGGCCGCGCUGGCCGAGAGCAGCUUCCCCCUCCUCAAUAGCCCCGGCAUGCUGAACCCCGGCUCCGCAAGCAGCCUUCUGUCCCUCAGCCACGAGGACAUGGGCACCCCCGGGGAACCGCUGCCCAGUAAUGGCAGCAGCAGCCCCCCUCGGCUCUCCCCGCCCCAGUACAGCCACCAGGUGCAGGUGAAGGAGGAGCCCGCAGAGGCGGAAGAAGACCGGCGGCCGGGACCCCCUCUAGGCCACCCCAACCCCAGCUCUUUGGGGCCUCCGCCUCCGGAGGACAGGGAGCUGGAGGAGGAGCUGCCUGGGGAGGAGCUGUCCUAAGGGCCCUGGGGCAGAGGCGGGGUGAGACCCUGGGCCCAGAACCAGGCCUGCCCACCCCCACUCCACAGCCCUGAACCUCAAGGCACUUCCGGACUCUGACUGGAUGGGGGCGGCCUGGGCCAGCAGCUCCCCUGAGGCGGCGGACUGACACACGCUUCGGGGCAGGAACCGGACCCCUGGUCUGGGACCAGCAGAAGACAAGGAGGGCCCAGACCCCUCCCAGACCCCCUUCAUCCGAACGCGUCUCCCCGACCACCAGCAGCAGGCCCCCACCGCUGUCCCCCCGGAAAGGGCCCUGUCUUCCGCAGAAGACCCACAGGCGGGGCACCCACCUCCCAGGGCCUCCCGAUUUGUACAUCCCCCUCUUUCUGUACUGUGAAGCAAGCGCUGUCCGCCCCUGGCUCCUCACCCUGCCCUGCCCUGCCUUCCCCUGCCUGGCAGGAAUGGAGCGGGGCUGGCCGGCUGUCAGGUUGUCACCACCUCCGCUGUCAUGGGUGGGACACAGCAUUUUGUGCCCUGUGGGGUUCCCCGCAAGCAGGACCCAGGCUGAACUGAACGGGGCCUCCUGUGUCCGCCACAGUGGGGAGCACAGGAAGAGGCCGGUGCCCGCCCCUCACGGAUGUCCACAGGUGCGGCCGCGCCCCCUGCCGGAAGAAGGGCAAGGCGAGGCUGGAACCCAGCCUCCCCACACCCCCUGGCCACCGAAGUCCUCUGACCCUCCCUGUACCCCUUCCCCAAGUUCCCAGUUACACGGAUGACCAAAGACCUUUCUUAUGCCGGAAGCAAAAACCAAAACUUUCUGUUGGCUUUUUCCUUUGUCGCCUCCUGAACUCCCAGCUGUCCCAGGCCCCAGGCUGGAAGCCCCCCUCCACUUAAGUUAUUGUUUUAAACCAAAGUUUACAGUGUCUGUUGGUGGCAAGACCCUCUCCCUCUACCCCUUCUCUGCCCGAGGACCCUGGGACUGGCCCUGCCUGGGGACAAGGAGGCAGGCACACAGGAGACACAGUCCCCAGGCCCGGGCUGCCCUGGGGGCUCCCUGACCUCUCUCUAGGACCAAGUCCCUGGCACGCUGGGAGUGUGGAUCCCUGGAUUCCAGCACUGGAGCUGGAAAAGUGAGACUCUGAAGACCCCCUAUGGGGGACCCCAACCCGAGGCCAAGGAGGGGGUGCGAAUGCUCAGAGCACCCCACCAGGCCCCAUUGCUGAGAAGACCCCUUGGAUAUCUCCUGAGACCCCCACGUAUGCCCCUUCACAAGCUGCCCCCCAGAGGCGGGGCCCCCGUGUACCCUCACCUGUGUCCGUCUGACCAGCACAGAAAUAUUAAACGUCCUCUACUCA